CCACUUCUGCUUUCCUACAGUUCAGUAUCAUUUUGUCGGCUGUGAAGGAAAUUUGUAGCGCCGCGCGCAGUGCAUUUUUUUCUGUAACAACAACAACAACACAGCUGAGCGCGCCAACAACAACAACAGCAACAACGACAGCCACAAAGAAGAAGAUCCAACCACAGCAACAACUACAAAGAACAACAACUUCCCCCACCCAAAAACAGAAUAUAUACGAACUAUUUGAUACUAACGCGUAAGAGAGGGAUAUAUAUAUAUAUUUAUAUAUAUAUAUACAUAUGACAUAACUGUUUCUGCUGUGGCUGCAAAACGAGAAAAAAAAGGAGCAAGUUGAAGAAGAAGCAGCAGAUACUAGAGCAACUAUUACAAAGAAAGUUGCGAGAGCGCCAAAUUGUCUACGAGAGCGUCGUUGCUCUCGCCAGACACACACCAACAAACAACAAGAAGAAGACAAACGGAAAGAGAGAGCGUAGUAACAUACAUACCCUGACUCCAUACACACACACACAUACAGCAAUACUCUCUCGUCGAGCAGAACAGCAGCUGGCAGCUGAGAGCGCUGAGCGCCAAUUGAAAAAACGAUACGAGAGAAGCACAUCGAUCUUCGAUCACUUGCAACAACUUGCAUGCGAACUGAAAGCAAGUGACCGGGAUAGAGACAGAGAGAGAAAGAGAGAGAGCAGUUUAGACUACGCCUUCGAUAACAGACAUUGCUGAUAUUAUCGAUAAAUAAUCUUCCGUUACCUUCAAAACACGUAAGGUGCACACGUUGAGAGUAUUUUUUUUGGGUGUCCAACAACAACAAAAAAAUUACUCGUGCACAUACACACUCUCAGGAUAUGUACGGCAACAAUAAUCCGGGUAGUAACAAUAAUAACGGUGGUUAUCCUCCAUACGGUUACAACAAGUCGAGACAUCAUUUCUUCCCACAGCGAAGCAGCAUUAUCAAGCGAUCUCAACAGCGAAAUCGAGAGACAGAAACGUUUAGUUAGUAUGUAGUGAGGUUAUAUUUUAUGGUUAUUUUUUUUGAGUUAAGUUUUGCGUUUUGGUUUCGAAACAAGACCUUAAAUCUGGUGUGAUAUCAACUCACUCUGUGACGCAACAACAAAAUGUUCCUUAAACGAAGACGCCGGCAACGCCUCGGUGGGCGUGUAUUUGGCAUGUCGCAUUCACUGCCUUCAGGAAUGUCACGUUAUGCGUUCUCACCACAGGACACAGAAUUUACAUUUCCAAGUUCCUCGUCCCGUCGCGGUUACGCCGAUUUUCCGGGCGGCAAUGGCGGCAGCGCCAAUUCGCUGGGCGGCAACAUUUGCAAUAUGCCAAUGGCCAGCAACAAUUCGCUGAAAAAUCUGUGCGGUCUAUCGAUAGGCAGCGGUGGCAGCGAUGAUCUGAUGAACGAUCAACGCUCCAGCAAUACCAAUUUGAUAGUCAACUAUUUGCCGCAAGAUAUGACUGAUCGCGAGCUGUAUGCGCUAUUCAGAGCCAUUGGACCCAUCAACACGUGCAGAAUCAUGAGAGAUUAUAAGACUGGCUACAGUUUUGGUUAUGCUUUCGUGGAUUUCACAUCGGAAAUGGACUCGCAGCGUGCUAUCAAAGUGCUCAAUGGCAUCACAGUGCGUAACAAGCGCCUCAAGGUUUCUUAUGCGCGUCCUGGCGGUGAAUCGAUCAAGGAUACCAAUCUGUAUGUGACCAAUCUGCCGCGCACGAUAACCGACGAUCAGCUGGACACAAUUUUUGGCAAAUACGGUUCCAUUGUGCAGAAGAACAUAUUGCGUGACAAGCUAACCGGUCGUCCACGGGGCGUGGCAUUUGUACGCUACAACAAACGCGAGGAGGCACAGGAGGCGAUCUCGGCGCUGAACAACGUUAUACCCGAGGGAGGAUCACAGCCGUUGUCGGUGCGUUUGGCCGAGGAGCAUGGCAAGGCAAAGGCGGCGCAUUUCAUGUCCCAAAUGGGCAUGGGACCACCGCAGGCGCCACCACCACCACCCCCGCCACCAGCGCACAUGGCGGCUGGCUUCAAUAAUAUGGUUCACAGAGACGGAGCAAUGGAAAAAAUACGCUCAUUAUUCGAUGCUAUUUGCGAUGCUAUCUUUGGUCUCGAUAGUGACAACUUUGCCGAUUUGCUUGAUGGACUGUACCGCAGGAAGUACCAUUAUCCUUACUUAUAAUUGACGCCGCAGCAGCAGCAGCAACUGCAACUCUAUCAGCAGGCGUGCGGCUUCAAUUCCAACAUCAACAGCAUCAUCAACAACAGCAACAACAGCAGCAGCAACCACAAUCUGACUCACAGCAACAAUCACAAUUUGAACAAUAAUCUAAGCAGCAGCAGUGGCAACAUCAAUCUAAACACCAGCAACAGCAACAAUAUGUUGCAAUAUCAUUCACAUUACCAGCAACAGCAGCAACAUGAAUCGCCACAUCAUAAUUUUAACUUUAGCAACAAUAAUAAUCAUCAUAAUAAUAACAAUAAUAAUCACAACAGCAACAGCAACAAUGGUCAGCUGCCACGCCUGAGCAAUGCUGCCGCUGCGCACAGUAGCAACAAUCACUAUCAUCACAACAGCAACAGCAACAUUGCUGCGCAUAACAACAACAGCAACAGCAAUGGGCAACAACGUCAGCAGCAACACAAUCAGCCGCUUGGCAACAACUACAAUCAACAGCAGCAGCAACAACAACAGUUGCUGUCACGCCAGCAACAUCAGCAGCAGCAGCAACAUAAUCAGCUAAUCAACAGUUUGCAAAGUUUGAGCCUGUCACCGCACAGCAAUGGCAACAGCAACCACAUCAGCAACAAUCUGAGCAAUUGUCUCAGCAUGUCAACGCAGCAGCAACCAUUGCAUGAUUUCAACAACUACAACAUGGAUCAGCAGCAACAACAGAAGCUGCAUAAGCUGCUCGGCAACGGCAACAGUUUUCAUCAAGCAACCGCAACUGUCACAUCAGCAACAUCAGCAGCAACAACAGCAGCAGCAGAUGCGCCAUCAACAUCAGCAGCAGCUGCAAACGCGAAUGCAAAUACAAAUGGCGCCUUUUUGUGGCCGACAUAACCUUAAAAACUGUCAAUAGACUACAACUAUAACGAUAACGAUAACCGAUAACUACAACUACAUACAUAUAGAGAGAUGUGUACACAAAACUCAUCCAUAUACAUUUAUCUAUUUUUUUUUUAUUAGCUACAUUUAUGUUCUCAACGAAUACCAAUCAAACAUAAGUUUUUUUUUCGGAUCACUUUUUUUUUUCGUUUAAUUCUAAAUGUUCCUCAUUUAUUUUAUGUUUGUAUUUUUUUUGUGCUUUUUUUUUGGGAGGAAUCUUUAUGUAAUAGUAAAUACAUUAGCAUUAGUUCCAAACACACACACAGACAUGUAUUGGCUAUAUCAAAGUGAAUUGAACAGAGAGAUAUAUAUAUAUAGAAAGAAAGAGAGAGAAUACUAUAUCGAUAUGGAAAUGUGAGGUAUAUCCACUAAUUAUUUUUUUUUUGCUUAACUUUAGGCAAUCGACUUUUUUUUCACAUACAAUUAUUUAUAUAUAAUCUACAUAUAUAUAUAUUACAUCUAAAACUAAAAAAAUAUAUAUGUAUAAGGCAUAAGAUUUGUUUUUUUUUUUAUUAUAUUAUAAUAUAUCGAUUGAUUCUGUAUCUGUGUAUCUAAAAACCGACUUACUGAGGAACUAUGCAUAUAUCCAAUUAUCUAUCUAUAUAUAUAUAUAUGUGUAUUUAUAGCUGAAGAUCUGUUUAUUUUUUUUUCAUAAUUUAUAAAUGAAUUUUUUUUCGUAUAUAUAAACAUUAUAAUAACAAUAACGUUAGCAUGCUCAAGUUCAGGCUGUUCUUACCAACUACAUAUAUAAAAAGAGACAUGAGAUGAGAGCGAAGGAUGGAAAAAGUGAAUGCGUAAGAGAAGAGUAUGACGUAGGAGAGAGGAGGAGAAGGGUUUGGGCAGCACUGCCCGUUGCAGCCCGCCCCAGAGAAAAAGGGAGCGGGCAGCUCAAAUGUGCAGCUUAUUUGGGGGGUGGCAACCCUUCCCCCCCGUAACCUGUUGUUCAACCAGACAAAAUUACAAGAAAAUAUCUAAUUUUUUUUUUGCAUAGUUUGUAAAAGAAUUUUUUUCAUAAUUAUAAACAAAAAAAACAAAGAAAAAAACAACUUGAGCAUGUUAAACACACACAUUACAUUAAAAGAAAAGAAAAAAACACAA